AUGGGUCAGACCUUGUCGGAGCCGGUGGUUGAGAAGGUGUCGUCCGAAGGCGGAGAUGACUGCUGUGUGUACGGCGUGUCGGCCAUGCAGGGCUGGCGUAUCAGCAUGGAGGACGCCCACGCAGCCAUACUGGACCUUCAAGCAAAGUACACGGGUAGCGACAACGGCAAACCGACAGAUCCGGACCAGCGUCUAGCUUUCUUCGGUGUAUACGACGGCCACGGAGGAGACAAGGUUGCUCUGUUCGCAGGCGAGAACCUCCACAAGAUCGUGUCCAAGCAGGACUCUUUCGCCCGGGGUGAUAUUGAACAGGCUCUGAAGGACGGUUUCCUGGCCACCGACCGGGCUAUUUUGGAAGACCCGAGAUACGAAGAGGAGGUGUCUGGAUGCACCGCCUCAACAGCGAUCAUCUCGAAGCACAAGAUCUGGGUGGCGAACGCUGGUGAUUCUCGAUCAGUGCUGGGUGUCAAGGGCCGCGCGAAGCCGCUGUCAUUUGAUCACAAGCCCCAGAACGAGGGCGAGAAGGCUCGCAUUAGCGCUGCGGGCGGUUUCGUCGAUUUCGGCCGUGUUAACGGUAACCUCGCUCUGUCCCGCGCCAUCGGUGACUUUGAGUUCAAGAAGAGCCCUGAACUGUCACCCGAACAACAGAUCGUGACUGCAUACCCCGAUGUGACGGUUCACGAGCUCACCGACGACGACGAAUUCCUCGUUAUUGCCUGUGACGGUAUCUGGGACUGCCAAUCCUCCCAAGCCGUGGUGGAGUUCGUGCGGAGAGGUAUCGCCGCGAAGCAGGACCUUCAUCAGAUUUGCGAGAACAUGAUGGACAACUGCCUGGCCUCCAACAGCGAGACCGGUGGAGUCGGCUGUGACAACAUGACGAUGAUUGUCAUCGGCCUUCUCAACGGCAAGACCAAGGAGGAGUGGUACAACCAGGUUGCGGAGCGGGUUGCGAACGGAGACGGACCGUGUGCUCCGCCCGAGUACGCCGAGUUCCGCGGCCCCGGGAUCCGGAACCAAUUUGAGGACAACCCGGAUGACUAUGACCUGGAGAUGGAACGCUCGCGGGCUUUCAGCACGCGCUCGGGCCGGAUCAUCCUGUUGGGCGAUGGUACCGAGGUCAUCCCCGACCAGAAUGAGGAGGAGCUGUUCGACCAGACCGAAGACCACCAGGUGCAGCCGACCGAUCCCACCCGCAACUCUCGUGAGGACACCCCCGGUCCCCAGGGCAAGCAGGAGGCCACUUCUGCUCAAAUAUCCGAGUCCCCAGCCUCCACCGACGACAAAGACAAGGCGAUGGCCUCGUAG